UAAUAACGUAUGACGAGUGACAAGCAUUGUUAAAAAUCAUUUAAGUUUUGUUGUUUAGUAAUUUACAUGAAUUCCCUUUUAUUUUAUAAAUCAUGCGUAACAAUGCUCAAAGCCGCAAACAAUUUCUAUAACCAUCUAAUCUCUAGAUCUAGACUAGAUUUCAAACUAUGGCAGCAGCGGCAUGUGAUAUAGAAGAGUUCCUGACUGGUCCUCUCGUAAAAUGGAUAUCUACAUGUGUAAAGAAACCUGAAAGCCUUCAAGUUUAUGAAACUUUUUUUGACGGCUCACCAGUAAAUGAAGUGCUUCUUCAAAUCGACCCCGAACCAUCUCAACCAGUGCCUUCAAUAUCGAAUUUACAAGGACUUAGUAUAACAGCAGCUAGGACGAAAAUCUUCCACUGUAUAAUCAAAAAUAUAAGAGCAGUCUAUGAAGAUGAAUUGGGACAAAUCGUUAUCAAAGUACCUGAUUGUGUGGUACUGGGUAGAGCCCCUGCAUCACAAACCGCCCUAGAACAGUUAAAGUUACUAAUAUUACUGCUCUUAGGAUGUGCAGUACAGGGACCAACAAAGGAACUCUUUAUUUCUAAAAUAAAAGAAUUGUCUGUAGAUGAUCAGCAUGAUAUUGUCGAAUGUAUUAAAAGAGUUACUGAAGAUCAAAGUAUAGUUCUUACUCAAGAUUGGAUGGAUCAGGAACCGCAGAAGCUGUAUUUUCACAUUAGAACCCUCACUGGUGAAAGGGAUAAAAUGGUUCAACAAUGGGUUAUUGAUUUAGGACAGGAGACCAAUCCCAUACAAAGCUUGAGUGAUCAAGGAGUUGAAUCAAAUCAUUUGGCAGUUGAACUUGCAGAUUGGAAAGCUCGUAUGAGGAAACAAAGACAAGAGUUAGAGGAAAAGACUGAAAUUUUAGCAGAAUGUAAAGAAGAGUUAGAGCACGUGAAGAGUUUACUGGUAAAGCUCAGGUUAGAAAAUACUGAAUUACUAACAGAAGCUAGAAGAGUUAAGGCAUAUAGAGACGAAGUGGAUUCUAUGAGGGAAAAAAUUGAAAGGGCGGACAGACUGGAAAUUGAGGUACAAAGAUAUAGAGAAAGACUUGCAGACUCGGAAUUUUAUAAAGUUAGGGUAGAUGAGUUAAGAGAAGAUAAUAAAGUACUCUUAGAAACUAGGGAAAUGCUAGAAACACAAUUAGCUCGAGCAAGACAAAGAAGUGAUCAUGUACUAGAAUUGGAAGCUGAAUUGUUGUCAGCUAAGCAAGCAAUCAAUGACGUUGUACUCGAAAGAGAUGCAGCCAAAGAUAAAAUUCAAGAACUCCUGGACGAAAAUAUUCAACUACAGCAAUUUCAGAAAUCUGCUCUCCAAGAUUCCACAUGUUUAAAUGCUUCUUUAGAUUCGGAUUUGGAGGAAAGUAAUUCUGGAGAUAACAGUUUAUCAGAACAACUAACAAGCAAUGCGCAGGCGCGUGCUUUGAAAUUGGAACUGGAAAAUAAACGUUUAUUAACAUCUAUUGAAGCGUUGAAAGAAAACAGUUUCUUAGAAAGUGCUAGUAAAAUUUUAGAACUUGAAAAAGAGAAGAAAAAAUUAUCUGUACGAUGUGAGCAAUUGGAAGAAAAUUGUGAACGGUUGACCCAACAAAAAGCAGAACUGGAAAAUUUGUUCAAAAAUGCUAUUCAAGAGACUAGAAAGCUCCAGGAUUCUUUGGAUACACAAAAAGUGAUAUCAGACAGACAAAAUCAAGAACUCAACAACGAAAGGUUACGCAUUGGUGAAAUGGAAAACAACAUUGACAAUGUAACAAAAGAAAAACAAAGGAUACAAUUAUUAUGUGAUACAAUCAAAAAAAGGGCAGACGAUGCUGAAAAAUCCCUUACAGAAGUAACAGGACAACUGCUAACUUUACAAGCAGAAUCUGAGAAAUGGAAAGAAUUUGAGAGAGCUACUAGUCAGAUGAAAGAAAAAGUAGAAACCUUAGAAAAAGAGAAUAUGAAUAUGAAUAAGGAUAUUGGAAAACUUAAGGAGGCUUUAGAGGUGAAAGAUGUCAUCGUCGAUCAACACAUGGAAAAAAUAGAGAAACAAGAAAAAGACAUCGAACGACUAACAAAAGAUAAUGAAGAAUUAAUUGCGCAAAUAGAUAAAUUUUUAGAAUUGGAAAAGAAAGCUCAAGAAUUGCUAUCCCAAGUGUCGGUGAAUACAGAAACUAUUUCGACAUUGCAAAAAGAUCUUAUCAAUGAAAAAGUUACUAGUGAAAAAUUGAAAAAUAAUUUGGAUAAACUAGGUCUCAAUGCGGAUAUUUUGGAUAAUGAUGUGUCUUUUGUAAUCGAAAAGAUGUUGAAUAACAACGAAUUAUUGAAAAUUAUAGGACCUAUGGUCAAGGACAUUUUGGGCGAAACUGAAAUAGUUAGACAAACUGCUACAGAAGAACGAGAUAAUCAAUGCGAAAAACUCUUAGCUGAAAUAUCAAAUCUCCAGAUAUCUAACGAUAUACUCCAAAAUGAAAACGCUAAGUUGAAAGUUGAUAUCUCAACUCUAAAAUCUCAGAUUAAUUCAUUGCAAACUCAACAAACAGCUUUACAACUUGCCAAUAGCCAGUUAGUAGCAGAAAAGGAUGAAUUAUGUAAGAAACAACAAAUCCAAAACAAACAGCACGACACUUUAUUGUUAGAUCAAGUCACUCUGAGAACCAUACAUGAACAACUCAGUUUAGAAUAUGAAGAAGCUAAAACCGAGCAAGAAAAUCUUAAAAAGAUUGGUAGAGAUUUGAGAUCGGAAAUGAGAACAGUAAAAGAGAAAAAUAGUAACCUUGAAAGUAAAAUUAUUGAUUUAGAAGCUGAAAAAGAAAUAUUGAAGAACGAUGCAAAAAGUUUGGCAAAUUUGAGAGCAGAGCAUUCUAAAUUGAAGGACGAUUUUAGAAAUCUCUUCACUGCAAGCGAACGUCUAAAACAAGAGUACAGGGCAGUACAAGAGGAAUUGAAGAGUCUUCGAACGGAAUCGCGAAAUUUGAGACUUGGUCGAACGGAAAUGCAGGGAGAGCUCAACCUUAGAUCGGACAGAAUGGCCAGUCAGCAAUUGGAAAAUGCCAAACUUCAACAAAAAUGUGAUAUGCUAUUUGAAAUGAACCAAUCUUUGGAUUCCGAUAGACGGGCACUGAUGGAUCAUGUAUCUCAACUUCUUUCUCAAUAUCAUUCUCUGUUGACACAUUCUUUGGAAGACAAACAACACUACCACAUAGAAGAGAAGUUGUAUACGGAUAAAGUUAACAAUUUAUGUAGACAAAAAGAGAAACUUGAAGAGAAAAUAAUGGAGCAUUACAGGAAACUGGAUAAUGCUUCUUCAAAAAAAAAAGGUUUUGGUGCUACCCUAGUCCGAAGAGUUAGAAAAGCUGGUUCAGACAUUAUUAAUAAAGUCCCUAGUAGGAAUCGCCGGUCUUGGCACGAGGAUACUGCAGCUAGAUUGACUCAAUCUCAAUUGACAUUAUUAAAUGAUGGUUCAGGUGAAUCGAAUGGAAAUAAUUCCGACAAUAGUAACGAAGAAUCAACUGUUCAACGAUCAGAACCAUUUAAACGAAGUGUAUCUGGAGGAGGAAGCCUACACGGACACAAACCAAGAGACGAAGUAGCUUUAAGAAGAUCUUCCUAUAGAGAUUUGGCCUCCCAUAGAAAUAGUGUUGCUGGCGAUCAGGUGUUUGUGCAGGAUCCUAACUUAAGUUUGGGUUCGGUAGGUACUCGCCGUACCGUUUAUCUUUCAGAAGAAGACAGUACCCCAGUACCACCUCUAUCUCAAAAUAAUCGUACUUCUAAUACUCCUCCUUUAUUAGUGUACAAUAGAAUAUCGACAGUGAUUGGAGAACCUCAACGUGUAUCCACGCCUCAACCUCAACUCUCCGAUGAUGUUAAUAAAGAAACAACUAACGGUGAAAAAGAAAAAAUCCCGAAAAAUGCAAAGGAAACGGCUAUCUGUCUGAAGCCACUACUAGGAUAGAUCAGGUACAUAAUGUGGGUGAAAAAAUCCAAGUUACCACAUUUUGGAAGAUAGGAAUGUCUGAAAUAAUAGAAAACGCAAUAUUUUCAUGUGUUCAUGUUUUUUUAAAUCUUUACCUGGUGCCACAAAAUUUUUAGUUUAGAAUAUCCAAAUUGUGACCAGAUAAAAGAGAAGAUAAUAACAAAUUACUUGUUCAAGUAAUUUGAGAUUUUCUUAUAUCGUUCUAUCUUUGUAUGAAAGGUAAUUAAUUAUCAUAUAUUAAGAGAAUCAUUUACAACGAAAUUAAUAUAAAAUUUAAUUAUACAAAAUAACAAUUUUUUUUGUUUGAAUAACAAAGUUCACAAUCAUUGUGACAAGAAUAGUUUCUACAUUUUUUUAACACUUAACCAAAUUUGUGAUGUUUUUUAAUUAAUACUACGAUUGUGAUAUUGAAAUUAAAACUGAAUUAGUGAAUGGUAUGGUUUCAUUUUAAGCGACAUUCAUUGCAUCUUAUAAGAUAUAAAACUGUUUAUUUUUAAUAGUAUAAAUUCAACCUUUUCAGUGCUAGUAAUCUAUAAUUUCUGAAAUCCAUUAGAAUGCGUUUACUAGUCUAUUUUAGUCAAAUGUAGCAGUCAUAUAUGGAAAAGAGCCGGGACAGCUUCACUGAUCCGACUAUAGGAGGAUGUCACAGUGAAAAGGUUUUAAACUGCAUAAAGAAAAUGUGUUGGUACUUUACUUUUUAUUAAUUCAGUAAACGGUGUGAAUCUCAAGUCUUCCUUUCAUUUUUGGAUAUCGAUACUAUAUUUAUGCAAGCAAAACUAUACACUUCACUUCAAAUAUUGUGUAUUAGGAGAUUAAAUUUGCUAUUCAAAAGUUAAAGAUAACUUAGAUAUACACUUUACAGACAAUUUAUUUCAUGCAUUUGUGUAAUAUUAACCAUUUACAUGUAUAGGCAUAUAUCAAAUGUAGUAUUUUAUAUUAAGACGAUUUUUUCCACUUUAUUAUACAGAAAUAUGCAAAUUAAACUAACAUACAAAUCAAUUCAUAAUAGUCAUUAAUUUAAUAGCUGCCCCUAAAAUCAUGCCGCCCUAGGCCCGGACCUCGCAAGCUCAGGCGUAAAUCCUUCACUGGUUGCCCUUCGAUUUUAAGUUUAAAUUUUCUCUUAUAAGUUAUUCCUUCUUUUGUUGUAUAUUGUUUUAAUCUCUAUUUUUCUUAAAAAUCUUAUUUCUGUACUGUCCUGUGUAUUUUGGUCAUUGAUUCUGUGUCCAUAUGUUAAUAUGAGUAUGGCUAUUUUUUAUGUAUUUCUGUUUUUAUUUGUUUUGGUAUUUUCUUUUUAGCUAGAAAGGGUAACUUGAUGCGUUGAAUUAUCUUCCAGUUGCUCCAAUCCUCUAGUUUAUCUCUUGUAUUCUUGUCUUAUUUUCAAACUAAGGUAUUUGAAGGUUUUAUUCCUUGAAAUUUGAUCUUAUGUGUCUUAUUAUUCCGGUUUAUCAUCAUCUAAGUCUUGUAUUCGUUUAUUAUCAUCAUCUGUGAACUGUAUAUUUUUAAGUGCAAUCCAUCAGAGGGGUCGAUCGACGUUCGAUGAAGAAUAAUUCUUCAAUAUUUAUUACCUUAUAUGGCCAGGAAGAUAUUUGUUUCAAUUAUUAUUAUCGAAAAAAAACUGAGGUGAUGGCAUAAACUGAAUGCACUUCACAGAUUCAAAUAGAUAUCUCCAAAAAGUUACCUAAAUAAAUGUCAAAUUUUCUGCACAGAAUUUUACAAUUACAUUAUUAACGGUCAUGAAACAUUCUGUAUAAUAAAGAGGAAAAUAUAUUAGAAUUGAUUAGAUUUAAGUGUGGAGAAAAAAUAUUUUAUUAGAAAACUAAACAUAGAGGUUUUCUAUAAAGUCAUUACAGCGUAUAUCCAGUGAUUAUAUAUAUUAUAUAUAUAUAUUUGUUUUACAGCGUUUCAUUUUUGAAAAUUGUCUAAAAUCGCUAAUAUAUACAUAAUGUACAACUAACAUUUUUAUAAAAAAAAUAUAAAAGAAUAUACUAAAAAAAUUUGGAAUGCCAUUUUCAGAAAAAGAUUAACUAACCUCAAUUUGUAAUCCACUUUAAACAGUCUCUUAAUUAGGUGAAUCUAUUCAGUGCGACAUUUUGUAUUUGUCUUAAACUAGUGUCUAUUUUCAACCCUAUUUAAAAAAAAAAUUAAUUAUAAAUGCCUUUGAAACACUUCUCAGGGUAAAAGCCAGAAAAAAUAAAAUUUGCAAUAACGGCAACUUCUGCAUAGAAUCAAUUAGACUUCUCCUGAUCUAGAGGCCAGAACUAAAUAUAACUUCCACUUUUUGCAGGUAAUACAAAACCCUUACCUGGGCGUAGCUGCUAAGAUACUUCUGCUAUUAAAAAUUUGCCAGAAACUAAAUGUCAAAGGCAAUAUACCUGUAGUUUCAGUUUAUUUAAUAACAGAAAACAAAAUUUAGGCUAUCCAGACUCAGGAGACAGCCCUGCGCACUCUGGAUUCAAUGUGUGUUGGUGCAAACCUGUUAGUGUUUAUUCUCCAAUAGCAACGCGACGAUGUUCCUUACAUUCGUUGGUACUUGCAGGUAGUCUAAUACUCAAUGGAUGAGGGAAUGUGGUAGUCGAGUAUAGCCACUUUACUAUCGCGAUUGUUAUUAUUUUCUUGGAUUUCUUGAAACCCGAAAUUCUGUUAAAAGCAAUCCUUAUCUUCAGGUGUCCCUCAUGGAAAUCGACAUCCACUUGUUGAUGUCACCCGGUGUUUAGACUAGAUAUAAAUAUUUUUCAUGAACAUAUAAGGUUAUGAACAAGUCGUGGCAACGUGGUUUUUAUUUUGCUAAGCUCUAGUGGUAUAAUUUUUAGUUAUUAUUGAAAGAGUGGACGGAGAGUCUACACAAAAAUUAUUUGGGUUUUAUGUUUCCCGUUUGCAGUAUUCAAGUAUAUCAAUCUACGGGCAAAUAAUACUUUUAAACCAACGAUUAAAAAUCCAGCUUACUAACAAAUUAUUCAACAAUUUUCCUUUGCAUACUGUUUCUCUCUCGAAUCUCAUCACACAUUUCCAUACAAGCGCCUCAUACAACAUAAUUGAGUGGCCUCCCACAUUUGGGGCUCUUACGUGGUCUGUAAACCCCAGCCUCUCAUAUGCCUAAAUAUUAUAUGCAUCUGACUGGUACUAUUUCGGUGCCGAUGUUAUCAAUUCUCACACGCUAUCCCCUAUCUCUGCUCCCAUUCACUAUGAUCGUCUAAAUCUUCUGUUUUGCAAUCUCUAAUCCAUUUUUUAUAUACACAUAUUAUUAUUAUACAUUAUUCCUUUCAUUCAUUAAACCUUACGGGUUCUCAUUCUCCAGGUAUAUGAGCAGAUCGUCUACAAAUGCUAUACACCUGGUUUGUCUUCUCAUUCCGACCGUAAGUACUUCGUCUUAUACAUACGUUAUAAUUCCUCUAUUAUCAAAGCCCAUGAUGCCGUGAAUAAAGCAUUCUUCACGUUUAUUCCUAUCGCAGCUACCCAUCUUUUUUUUUGUUUUCUCAGUCUGUUCUUUCACCCAGCUCACAUUUCUUUAACAACUGGAUCACCUUAUUGAAGAGUGGCGAGAAAAGCACAUGGAUCUGUAUUCCGAGGUUGGAAUACAUGAUGCCGUCUGAGUUUCGGAGGUACGAAGAAUAUUUUUAGUUUCGUUAUAAUACAUACUGUCAAAGACAUUUCAAUAAAAAACUUAAAAUCUAUACUUUAUAUUCGUGAUAUUUCUUCUUUAAAGAGUGGCAUUCAAAAUAUUUUUUAGUACCCAAUAUCUUGCCUGAAUAUUAUCUUGACUAACACGUUACCCAAAACAAAUUAUUUUUUACUAAUAAAACAUAGUGUUCAUAUGAAAAGAAAUUAUGUUAAAAAAUUUAACUUGCUCUUCCGAUGUUAUGGUUUUAUAAUUUUCCCUAAAACGCGAACAGUACAAGACAUAAUUGUAAGAGAAUUUUUUCACAUCUGCACAUUGACUGAUUCAAAUUUUUUCCUUCAAAUAGCAAAUCUGCAAAAAAAUAUUUUGAACCACUGAUAUUCCUUAUAAGUAACUAUACGAAAUAAUUUCAUUUAUCUAACCAGAGGUUGUAACAAGUAAACAAUGGAUGCAUUCCAUGUUUGACCAUGUAAAUUAUAACUAAGUUCGAAUUUCGGAACCCUUAGUGAUAUUCAUACCGAACACACUGUUUACAUUACCACUACACCAACACUCACAAUUACACUGUCUGACAACUGAAGUUAAACUCAGUUAACUGAAAGUAAACCUUCAGAGACUGAAGGUGAACUCAGUUUACGGGAAGUAAAACUUCAUAGACUGAAGGUAAACUCAAGUUACUGAAAGUAAACCUUCAGAUACUGAAGGUGAACUCAGUUUACUGGAAGUAAAACUUCAUAGAUUGAAGGUAACUCAGUUUACUGAAAGUAAACCUUCAGUGACUGAAGGUAAACUCAAGUUACUGAAAGUAAACCUUCAAAGACUGAAAGUAAACCUUCAGAGACUGAAGGGUAACUCAGUUUACUGAAAGUAAACCUUCAGUGGCUGAAGGUAAAUUCAAGUUACUGAAAGUAAACCUUCAGAGACUGAAGGUGAACUCAGUUUACUGGAAGUAAAACUUCAUAGAUUGAAGGUAACUCAGUUUACUGAAAGUAAACCUUCAGUGACUGAAAGUAAACCUUCAGAGACUGAAGGGUAACUCAGUUUACUGAAAGUAAACCUUCAGUGGCUGAAGGUAAAUUCAAGUUACUGAAAGUAAACCUUCAGAGACUGAAGGUAAACUCAGUUUGCUGAAAGUAAACCUUCAGAAACUGAAGGGAUAUUAACUGGUGUCUAUUAAUUUGAAAAUUUAUAUAAAUUUACUUCCAAGUAAAAUUUUUUUUAAUUUGGGAAGAAUGUUUCUUGAAAAUUAUAAAACCUUCAUACCAAUAUUAUGUGAUUUUAUAAUCUGCCAAGAUUUAACCGACAAGUUACUAAUUUUAAGAGUGUUUUUAUAUACAUUACUAGAAUAGGUACUAAUUAUAUACAAUUAUUAACUUAUGGCCACUUGCACCGUAAGGUUAACAAUGAUUUAAAUUCAAAAACUGGCUUAAUUCUUUUUUUUUUUUAAAUUGUACCGUGUGUUAAACAAAGAUUUUAGUUGAUUUUAUGUAGUCAAAAUUUUGUGGUGCAGAACCACAGCCGCAGCAGCAACUCUAGACGUACUACUAGUACUCUCCAUAACGUACCUAAAGCUACUUAGCACUUUUCUUGUUAAAAUAAUUGAAUAAAAUGAGCGUGUCGUUACGUGGCGUGUUACAAAAGUCUACUCAACAAUGUAUUACGUGAACCGAAGUCGCAUGGCGUGGGGUGGCGUUUUGCUAGUGGGUUUUGACCUUAAAUGUUGCGGAAUGAGUACUUCAGAAGGUUUGGCUAUACUAUUCAUCGUUAGCAAAAUAA